AUGGCGCGAAGAUCCAAGAAGAGAGCUGAGGAAGGAGGAUCAGAAGCUGGAAACGUCCAGCCGCUGGAAGAAAGAAGAGAUCCACGGGGAGAAUUUACACCAACUGGAUCAGCUCGAGCUCAAGUAAGUCCCCCUUGUUUGAUCUCUAAAUUCAGUAGUAAUUUGAAUGAUAACUGUGUAAAACUGAGUACUAGAGAACAAGGAGAAUGUUCUGGAGUUAAGGAAUUGGCUAAGUGUCUAGAUCUGAAUGCUAAGAUUCCAGUGGAAAAUGUGUGGUCGAACUUUAAUCCAAAAAAGUUGAAUAAGGUGGAGAAAAAGUUGAAGUUUAUAGAGCCUGUGGUGGUGGAAGAUAGGAUGAUCUGUCAAAUUACAAAGCAUGAGGUUGAAUUGGAAGUGGAACACUGGAAAAGCUUUGUGGUUUGGAAGGAACUGAAUGCACCACUGAAAGAUGUAGUGAAAAUGAAGGAGCCUGUGCAAGUUGUGGCUGUUGACCAAAGGCAAGAGACAACACACAACCCAAGUAAGAAGGAGAAUCAAUUAUCACCAAAUAGAAGGAAAGAUACAGGACGAGAGAAACAUGACAAGUCUGAUCAAUCCAUCUACAUCCUGAAUCAACUAGGUAGGAAAAUUCCUGAAGGAAGGCUAAAGGAGAAAGUUGACUCCAUUAAUAAGGUAUAUUGUUCUGAUACUAGUCACCCUAAUAUAGGGCCUAGUAAUCAUGAAUAA